UGGCCUAGGAUCCGCGUACUCCCUCCCUCUUUGAUAGCAUCAUACAUUUCAUAGCUAAAAAAAAUUAAUAAAGUUUCGCACAUCGGAUUUAUUAUAUUUUUAAUUAUGUAUUAUAUAAAAAAUUGUCAUAUCAUGUCAUACUUAAGAUGACUCGAAUUUUAUAAUCAUUUCUAUAUCAGUAAGAUCAGUAUCGGACUUACAAAACGCGUUUUCAUAAUAGAAGUUUAAUUAGAUUUAAGACGCGUUCAUAUAGCUUAUAGCUUAACUUUAAACCAUAUAUAAAUCUCUUCAGCAAAUCGAUUUUUCUUUUUUUUUAAAAAAAAUUCUUAUCAAUUACUUCUUUUUAAUUUCUUAACUCACAAAUAAAAAAAAAUGUCAACUAUUUUUAAAGAAAUUAACAACCUUCCUUUCGAUGAUAACGAAAAGGCCGACCUACUCGAUUUUUUUACUAAUAGAGACACGACCAAAGUGGAAGCAGUUCUUCCAACAAUCGAAAAAGAUGAAGUGAAAGUCAACUACUUGAGGAAACAUGCCAAAUCUCUAAGAGGUAAGCCCUUGCGCCAUAAUUGGUAACUUGCUGUCACUGUGUCUUGUCCAGUAACUAACUGCGUCUUUUUUUUGGUCAAUUUAGAAG